CAAACAUCACGAACGAACUAAUCUCUUUAAGGAUGAAACUAGUUAAUGGCUUCAAGCGUUGGCAUAAACAUCAUCCAUCCCUUCUUUUCAUAAUUCUAAGAAUGAAAGUCGAACUCAAGACCAACAACAUCUAAAUCUAACUUACCUAGGUAGGUAUCAUUAAAUCAUGAUGCGAAUUAUUACAUUGUCUCUGGGUAUUUUAUGUGGUGUUACGCAUGCUUGGAUGCAUGCUUCCGAGCCCGAGCUCCAAUCGGCUCUUAGCGAUGACAACACCGUCAUAGUGGCUUUUGUAAAUCCUUCGGACAAGAAAACGGAACACCUAGAAACAGAAUGGGCACUGGUUGUUCCAGAGGCUCGAUCGCCGUUCGUGAGCAUAGAUUGUGCUGCAAACCUAAGUGUAUGCGCUUCACAUGGAGUAGCUUCAACAUCGGUCGUUAAGCUGUUUAAAGAAGGCAAGGUUAAAGCGACAUAUAAUGGCCCUCGGAGGGCAUCAGCAAUCCUCGCCUGGGCCGACCGUGUCCAGCGUCCUAUCGUUUCUGAACUUAGCGCCACAGUGCUAGAAGAUUUCAAAAAGACGGACGAGACCGUAUUCAUUGCGUAUCUUAAUGCAGGCGACGAAGCCCCUAAAGCUGCAUUCACCGAAGUAGCAGGCAAAUACCACGAAGAGUUCACAUUCGGUGUUAUUACGGACGCUUCUACGCUGGUAGAAGAGGGGGUGGCGGCGCCACUGGUCAAGUGCUACAAGCCACUGGACGGCGAUACGCACGAGUUUGGGGGUCCGUCGGAUGUAGCUGCACUGGAGAAAUUUGUCAAGGAUGCUUCGCGGCCUGUGAUAGGGGAGCUUCUUCCGCAUAAUCACCAGCGAUUCCUCGAUCGUGGUUGGUCGAUGGUAUAUGUGUUCGCCGCCACCGAAGCUAAGCGUACAGAGAUUCGCAAGGCCCUGCACUCGAUGGCCCGCGGGUACUACAAGAGUCUGACUAUGGUCAUAGUUGACCCACUUGAGUUCCCCGAGCUGCUUCCCAAGCUUGGUCUCGACCCGGAAUCACUCCCGACGGGUGCCGUUCAUCAGCUUUCUAAAGAUAGGAUCUACCCCUACCCCAAAGGUAGGGGUUGGACUUCGAGCGAACUCCAGAGUUGGGGGAUGGACGUGUGGCAGGGACGCAUCAAGCCUUGGACGCCGCCGGGUGUGACGACUACCUAUGAUGACCUAGGCGGGCGCAUUAAGGCUACACAAAAGGUCUCUAUGAGGAACAUACCCGGUGUCAAGAUCAGAGUCGGCGGUCGCGAUGAGUUAUAGGAUAAUCUAUAUCGUAUAACAAUGUUAAAGGGGAGAGGCAGGUUUCAAAAAUGAGUAUUAUUUUGAUUUGAUUACUAUAUGGGAGGUGUAUCGGCGUCUCGUGCAAAAGUUGCUAAUGUCCUUGGUAUCUUGGUGAACUGAAUUCACCGCCCCUCCAAAAUCCCAAAUGCAAUGC